CGUCGCAGAGCUAUCACAGACACCCCCGCCCGUUUGCAAGCAUCCCCUUUUUCGCUCGCUCCCACGUACGCCUCGAUACUAGCUGCCCAGCCUGGCCCACUCCUUUUCUGGAGCCUCCCGUCCCUUCUUUUGUGGUUGUCCUCCCAUUCACUCGGCCUCGUUUUGUUUCUGUUUCUUCUUGAUUGUCCCUCCUUACACCCUCUUCUCUCGUCCAUCCGAGAAAGGUCAUCCCCCUUGCCCCUCGACCAUCACCCCCCUCAUUCACUGUCGCAGGUCACUCUUUGCCGAUUCCCUGGCAGAGCCGGCUUCGACGCGAAGGGUGAAGGCGAGAAUCCUCGGGUUGAGCUCCUCGAGAAGACUGUGCCUUUGAAAACGACAUAUCCUGCACUAUCGCUUACCUGCUAGUACCGACACACGCCUACUGUUGAUCAGCCCCUUCGCUUCUUGAUCUUGCUCUAGACCCGACUGCUUCGCUGCAGUUGGAAACCCUCGGGACUGGAAUAACGGUUCCUCGACGCCCCUGACCCCCGAGUCUUCCUGACGCACCACGACAGGAGAGCGCCAUCACCACGCACCACCGACGCAAUGGCUCCCUCUCUCACCGCACACACCUCCUUCACCCGUCCCCGGACAGGGGACCGGGACCGGGACGGUCGCCCGAUGACCCGGGAGGCCAGCGACGCCAACCUGAUGAUACCCAGUCGCACCUCUUCGCUCCACUCGCGCAUCACCCAGCCGAUCCCCUCGAGCCUGAACGUCAAGCCUCAGCAGAGGACACCAAAGACCCUCACACAUGCCUACAUGGUCUGCGGUGUCGGCCGCGAGCCUUCCCAAUGGGUGAAGGCUCCCGCCCCGGCCCAGGGAAAGAUUGGGCACAUGAAGGGCGCUGUCGGCCAAUUCUGGCUCCCCGAGAUUCUCGGCAGCAGCCCGCGGCUUGAGCAGGAUAAUGAGAUUGCGCGGUCGUUGCAUGCUGCCAUGAGGGCCUGCUUCCCGCACGACGUUGAAAUCUGCACCGGCCGGAGUCAGCCGCACUGCGUGCACCACGCUUUCGUUUUGCAGCAGGACUCGUCUCACACACUCUACGGUAUUUGCCUGAGGGUGUGGUCGCGCGCCGACGAGAAGAGGGCCGAGACCAUCAGGGAUCUCCGUAAGAGGACUGAGCCCGACUUCUACGACAACCCCGACGAGACGUACUGGAUCCCGUACUGCCUGUCGUUCCUGUCCCGCUACCCUCUUUACAACCUGUUGGGCGAUUACCUGCGAGGCAUGUGGAUUCACUGGAACAAGGCUACCAACCUUUUCCACGCCGAGGAGGUCUCGCGCAUUCUGAGCUUCCCCGCCCCUAGGCUGAACGAUUUGGUACGCAUCGACAUGAAGGACUACGCCUUGUGCUACCAGUUCCCCUCGUCGCCCACCGGCUUCCAGAACUUCGCCAUGUGGCCCUUGUUCUCUUGCCUGUCGAUCCCCAACAUUGUUGGUGUGAUCGAGGCUGCCAUCUCCCCCACCCGGCGCAUCAUCUUUGUCAGCCACUACCCGGCUAUGUUGACCGUGGCUGCAGAGACCAUCCGUUUCUGCGUGCGCGUCUAUGAGUGGAGUGGCCUGUACGUGCCCGUUGUGCACGCCCGUCACGCCAAGGAGCUGGUGCAGGAGCCUGGCCCGUACAUUCUCGGAAUCACCGCCGAGUGCCGCACCCUCUUCACGGCGCCCACGGAUGCCCUGGUUGUUGACCUGGACCGUAACUUUGUUCUCACGUCCAGCCCGCCCACAGCUCUGAACCCUAGCCAGCGCAACAAGUUUGUCACCCGCCUAACCCAGUCGCUGAACGGCGAUGUGUCGCCAUCCGGCGCGCCGCAGCAUCUUCGCUCGGCGUACGGUGGCGGAAAGCUGGUCCCGGCCGGCCAGAUCAUUGUCAUGCGUGGUGAGGUUGAGUCCAUCCAAGACCCCGAGUGGUGGAACCAGGACGCCGUCAUGGCUGUUAUGGACCACGUUUGCGAAAAGAUGGGACGCAACACCGGCAUGAAGGCUGUCUUUGGCGGCGCUGUCAAGAAGCCCCUCAUGACUAAGGUCUCGAUGAGGCACCUGAACGAGAUUGUUCGCGAGAGGAAUCAGUACUCCAGGGACGCCAUGGAGGCUUGGCAGGACUUCAUCAACCUCAAGGGUCGUAUGGAUACCGAGCUUGGCAAGGUCACCAAGCGUAACAACUACCUGGUCGAAGAGCUCGAGAGCUGGAAACAGCAGUUCCUCAAGUUCCAGGCUUUCGCCGAGACCCUCACCAAGGAGACGCAGGAUCUCAAGGUCAAGAUCGAGAGCCACAAGAGGGAGAACCGCCGCCUGGCCACUCUCCUGGAUCAGCAGAAGGACGAUGCGGCCCGCAUGUCGGUGCGCCUGGCUGGCACGGAGAAGCAGCGCGACGAUGCGCUCGAGGCUCUGGUGCUCCAACAGGAGAUCGCCGAGGAGCUGGAGCGCGAGCGCAAGCGCAACAAGAAGGAGCUGGCUGCUCUGCAGCACACCAACAUGACCAUCCUGAGGCAGCGCGACGAUGCGCGUCGUGUGGUGCUGCACCUUCGCAGCCUGAUCGGCGGCCAGAGCCACCACAUGGAGCACCUUGUCAACUCCCUCACCAAGCCCGAUGACCUCAGCCACGACAUCGAGAACGGCUUCGACGACGCUUCUGACAUGAGCAGCAAUGGCCGGCAGUCCAAGGCUAGCCAACGCUUCUCAUCCUCCAGCUUCGCUGACGUGGCUGAUCGUCACCUUAAAGACAAGACGGACGCUAUUGCGCACAUCAUCCGCAACAUUGCGGAGCAGUGCCAGGCCGCUGUUGAGGGCCUGGCCCUGGCCCAGGACGCCGAGAUCGAGAGCACCGAGCACAACAUGCGCCGGGCCAGCGCGCUCUCGGUCACCGCGAGCGACGAUGGCAGCCGGUCGGCGGCUUCCGACGUUGGUGACGACAGCAUGUUGCUGAAUCCCUCGGGCCGUGCCUCGAGCAUCCCUCCCACCCCAGACCUGAUCCCCAACAGGUCCAGCACAGCCAUGUCGAUGGCUUCCAUCAUGACGACCCCCGAGAGGACGUCGCAGCAAUGGGUCAUCGGCCACGACAUCCCCACCAAGAUCGUCGAGGACGACGAGGAUCUCGAGGAGCCCGGCUCCGAGUCCGAGUCCAUGCCUGUCUCGCACCAUCAGGUGCCUGGCGUUGUCGGCAAGCACGCCGCGAGCCUCAUUCACCGCCCUUCGGGUGCUCGCAUCAGCGCCCUUGGUGGCACCCGUUAAACCCUUUGGCUUAUGCUUUUUACCCUUGAGUCGUUGAAUAUCCACUGCACGAAUGCAUCCUUUCCUUCAGUUCUUAUUCCCAGUCGGGCUUAUCUUUCUGGGUGGCGUAUUGUCCUUUAUUUCGUGUGUCAUGGUUAAUACCGUCUUUCAUAGACGCUGGCGAGGAAAAGCAUGCGGGCGGGCACGGUCGCGGAGGACGAAGACCGGGAUGAUGUCGCCAGGCGAAAAUAUGCCAUCCAGCGCUUCAAGUCAGCGUUGCAUAGCUAGUAUACCUGCUCCUACAUUUUUUUUUUUCUCGUCAUCAUUUUGCUAUGUAUCUGGUUUUCUUUUCCUCUUCUUCACGCUUAUCCCACCAGUUACUUGUCUCAGGAAGCCAAUGUAUUUGAACUCACUGCUCCAUCUUGAUCUCGCCAAGUACUCGAUGUUUGUCUUGCGUCCUUCUUUCCAAUUCUGGACACUUUGUUGCCUUAUACCAUAUUGAGCUUGACUCUUCGCUUCUUCACCCCGUUUUGCACUUGGUAAAACUUGUCGUUUUUUUUUUUUGUUUUUUUUUUGGAUAUUUCGUUCUUCGCUAGAUUGGCCCACAUGCCUGUAGUCUGACAAAGAAAAACAAUUAAAAAAAACGUAAUUCAACCGGCGGGCUUUGCC